AUGGAUCGUGAAAUCGAAGAGAUGAUUUCGAACUAUGCUGAUUGUCAAUCAGUACGACCAGAACCUGCAAAAAUGAAAUUGCACUGCUGGGAGACACCGACGCAACCGUUCCAGAGAGUUCACGUGGACUUCGCAGGACCCUUCCAGAACACGUAUUUUUUCAUUCUUGUUGACGCGUAUAGCAAGUGGCCGGAGAUGAAGAUUUGCAGAUCGAUAACUGCGGAAAGUACGGUGGAAAUGUGUCGUGAAAUAUUCACUACGUUUGGGAUACCAUCUGUACUUGUUAGCGAUCAUGGUGUCCAAUUUACGUCAGAAUCUUUCCAACAAUUCUUGCGAAUGAACGGUGUCAUACACAAGAUGGGGGCACCGUACCACCCAUCAACGAACGGACAGGCAAAACGCUACGUGCAAACCUUCAAACAAAAACUUAAAGCCUUGAUGUGUCCGACAUCACAGUUCAAUUUAGAGAUAGGGAACAUAUUGCUGACCUACCGAAAGAUGCUGCACCACUCGACAGGUCAAUCACCUUCCAUGCUGAUGUUCGGGCAACAGAUUCGGUCAAGAAUAGAUCUAAUGUUGCCGAAAAACGAAAUAAGACAUGCUUUCGAUUUAACAGUAAAAUAA